AUGUCUGCAUUGUGGUGGGCAGCAGGGAAUACUGGAACCUUGCGAUGCACUUACAGCUCCAAUGCCUCCUACAUUUACAUGGCCUGGUAUCGACAGCGUCCUGGCGGACCCCUGCAGUACUUGCUGCAGAGCAAGGGCCGGGGAGGCUCCUACAGCCACAAAGCCCCUUUUGCCCGCAAGAGGUUUUCCUGCCAGGCUGACAAGAGCUCCGGGAUGAUGACCAUCACAGGGCUAAAACUGGAGGACAGUGCACUCUAUUACUGCACUCUGCAGAGACCACACACCGACUCUCUGCGGCAGGGCGCCGAGCCGGGACAGCGCCGGAGACGCGCUGAGAGCUGCGGGCCAGGAACCGUCGCGUGGGUGUGGGCGCAGCUGAGGUUGGUGGAGACCGGCGGAGGGCUGCGAGCGCCCGGGGACUCCGUGCUCCUCUCCUGCCGGGGGUCCGGCUUCGCCUUCGGGAGUUAUCGCAUUUGGUGGUACCGUCAGGCACCCGGUGGCAGACCCGAGUGGGUGUCCUUCCUCAGCUACUCGGAAAGUACAAAGCAGUACGGAGCAGCAGUGGAGGGUCGAGCCGAGGUGUCCCGGGACAAUUCCCGUUCUGAGUCAUCUCUGUUCCUGCGUGCCCUGCGCCCCUCGGACUCGGCCCGCUACUUCUGUGCCAUUCUCACGGGGGUGCAGACAGAGGCCUCAGGCCCCAAAGUAGGGAAGGUCUCAGAGUCUCUCGUGCUUUCCUGCCGCAUCUCUGGUGUACCCAUCAGCGACAGCAGCUACGCUUGGGACUGGAUCCGUCAGACUCCUGGCAGAGAGCUGCAGCAUAUAGUGCUGCAGUAUCCUUUCACUGGACUCCAGCACAUUGCUCCAUCCUUCCAGACCCAAGUUACCAGCUCUGCAGACAUGUCCAGGAACCAGCUGUCACUGGAAGUGCUCUCACCAGCAGCUGCAGACACAGCCACCUAUUUCUGCAGCACAAGAAAGCUGGCAAAGGGCACAGUGCUUGAAACCCUUAAGCCUCCAGUUAAGCCUCCUCUACCCCCUGCAACUCCCCUUCGCAUGCCUGUCCUGGAUUCUUUCCCCAAGGAGCCAUGUUGGAGUAACUGUGAAAAGAGAGCAGUCACAGGCCAGGUGGCUUUGGAGCAACACACCAGGGAACUGGCUGUGCGAGAUGGUCAUGGAGUCACCUUCCAGUGCAGCAUGAGUGGAGACAAUAUGGGAAAAUACUACAUGUACUGGUACCGACAGGGGCCACGUGGCACUCUGGACUGGAUUUACCGGGAGGGUGACAUCUAUGGAGAAGGUUUUGAGGGUCGCUUUAAGGGAUCAGUGGAGAGCUCCCAGAACAGAAUCACACUGCAGAUCCAGGCAGCAAAUCAAGGAGAUGAAGCAGUGUAUUACUGUGGUGCUAGGCUCACCCUGGAGCAGCUCUGCAGCAGAUUAGACAAAAAAACAACUGAUAGAGAAUACCAACUUCUCAGCAUUUCUCUGUAG